AUGAAACUUAAGAUAAGCUAUUUGAGUUUUCUUAUCUAAGUAGUAAAAAAGCCAAAUUUAGCUAUUAUUGAGGCGGUAACUUUAAAAAACAAUUCUGAAAAUUAAUCUUUCAAAAUUAGAUGGGCUAUAGAAAUGCUCAAUAGAUAAGUUUGGGAAGAAUUUGAGGGUGUUAUUAACAAUUAAAAGUUGUAAAGUUAAAGACUUUAAAUUGAAAGUGUUGUUAAAUUUGAUUAAGGAAUAGAUAAGCUGUAUAUCCUUAUGAGAAAAUACAUAUAUGAUAUGAAAAAAUUUAUUUCCAUGCUAUCAGAUGACUUUUUAAACUUAGAAAAAAUUAGGGAAAAAGCUAAAGAUUUGUUUUCUAGACAGUCUGUUACCAAAUAAAUGAUAAGACAGCUUUUCGAUUAUAAUAACAAUAAUGUUGUUCUUUUUGAGCUUACUUUAUUUUUCGGAGAUUACAUAGAUUUUAAGAGAUAAAAGUUAAAAUAGUAUAUUUAACUUUCUAAUUAAUUAAUGAAAUAAAAUUUGAAGUAGGAAGAUCUUGGUAUUAAUUUAUUUAAUGAAGACAGCUUUGUCAUAUCCAUUAAUUUGUUGGAACCUCUCGGAAAUAUUUAAGAAGUAUCAAAUAACGUUUAAAAUAUUAUUGGAUACACCAAAGAUUAGCUGAUAGGCAAAAAUAUAAACAUGAUAAUGCCUUAAAUUAUACAAAUCCACCACAGAAAAUUUUUAAACAAAUUUUGUUAUGAUAGUAAGGAGGUAUAUACAAUUUCAAACAGACUUUUCUUUUGUAUUGAUAUACAAGGCUUUUUAAAUCCUGUUGAACUUAGAGUUAAACUUGACUCUUCAAAUUAAGAAUAAUACAGAGCUUGUGGAUAUUUGAAAAAAGGAAAUACAGGAAAUGAUUAUAUUCUGUUCGAUAUUGAUACUCUUAAGAUAGAUUCUUGUAAUUAAAAAUUAUUUUAGAAGGUUUUCCAGAAGUACUUAAAUGAUGAUGUCAAAAAGCUUUGCAAUAUGAAUAUAGGACUACUUUUUCCUGGACUCAUAGUUAUGAAAAAAACUUAAAGAUCCAUUUUCAGAAAAAUAAAUUUUUAAAGUACUACGAAAAUAAUGCUUAUACCUAAUAAUGCAAGUACCUUUAACUAAAUUGUAAGUUAAUACACUAACCUUGAAGCGAAUAACUACUAAUAGCUAUCAAAUUAUUUAAGGGAUAUAAAAAUUAACGAAUACUAGAUGUACGAAGUUACUUUUAUACCUCACUAUAUUGAGACUAAGAUAGAAUCCAUAUAUUUCAAUUAUUUAGAAAUCUUUUAAAUGAAAAGAAUAGUUAAACUAUCCUCCAAAGUUGAAUUAAUUAACAUUAUGACAGGUAAGUUAAACAAGUAUUUGGGAUUAACUCUUAGAAUGAGAGUUAUACGUAAUAAUAUGGAUUAAGUUGAAGACAUAGAUGUCGUGCAGUAAUAAUAGGAAACUUACUACUAUCAAGAAGGAUUAACAUUUAAGAAGAAUUCUAUUUUUUAAAGCGCUUCAAACAAUGAUUCAUAUAGAGAUAAUUUAAUUCAUAAGCUCUAGCUUUAAUAGGGAUUUUAAAAUACUAAUUCAAAUGAAUAAGCACCGGCUUCAGUGGAUGAUUCAUUUAAGAAGUCAAAAUUUACUGAAAUUGUAAAAAAUUUUUAAAACAGCUAUUGCUAAAUUGAAGAAGAAGACGAGGAAACCUUCACUGAAAAGAAAAGUGAAACUAGAUACAAAAAAUUUUAUGGGACAUACACAACAACUUAAAAUGAUCAUGAUGGGUUUUCUCAGGAAGAUUUUGAUAAUGAAAAUGAAAAAGAAGAUGAGGAAGAUGAAAAAGAAGUUGAAGUAAAGCAGGUUAAAAAAUAGUUAAGCAAUUAAAAUUAGCCAAUAUUAUAACAAAUAGAAUAGAAUUAGAAAAAGAAAGCUAGCCUCACUUAAAACACUCAAGAAAAAUAAAAUAAAUAAUUAUUAAGUGAUGAAGACCUUGUUGAUAUUGAUAAUUACAAUGUUUAAAAUUAUUACAAUUACGAUAUAACUGAUAACGAAAAUGAAAAUAAUUAAAAUUAAAUUUAUGAUAAUGUUGUUGAUAAUUCAUACAGUUAUUACUUUUAUGACGCAGAAAAUCCUAGUACAAACUAUGAAGCCACCUUUGAUAAAAAAAAUACAGUAUUUGAUACUUCAUAAAAUAAUUAUCUAGUGAAUAACUAGAAUACCCCUUUAAAUAGUUUCAUGAUUUAAAAUGAUAUCAGUGUAAUUUCUAAGCAUACCGAUUUAAGUACUUUUUCGUUAAAAAAUAAAACUCUUUUUUAAGAAGACUUAAAUAUCUUAUCAAAUAAUAAAAUUGCUAAGAAUAAUUAAGCAGAUGAAAACAAUUUAGAAAUUUCUUUUGACAUUAACAAGUAGUAAUUUAUAGAAAAUUAUGAUAAUUAUUAAUUUAAUGCAUCUAAUUUAGAUUAAAUUCAAUAAAAUAUGCAGGCUUCAGCUUUAAAUUUAAGCUAAAAUUAAACAAAUAAUAUUAAUUAAAAUGAAGCCGAAUCAUUUAAUCUUACUAACAGAUCAACUUUUAAUAAUUAAACUUAAAUGUAGUAAAAUUAUAAUAAAAGUUUACAGUAAAAUAAUUACCGAAAAAGCAAUCCUUUUAAUGUCAAUAACGAUGAAAGAAAUUAGGAGAUAACAUCAAAUACUAAUAGAGGUAUUGAUGAGAAUAAUUACAGCUAUCCAUUAGAAAGUGCAACAGGGCGAGAUCAACUUGAUACCUCAAAGGAACCAAAUACUAACAGAUAUUUAAAUUCAGCAUAGAAUAAUCAGAAUAAUUCUGAGAAUAAUAAACAAAAAAAAUAAUAAGAAUUUGCAAAAAGAAUUUAAAAAUUGUUUAGAAAAGUUAAAAACUCUAUUGCUUGGAUAGGUAAAGUCAAACAAUAAUCGUUUUUCGUCAGAAAUAAUGUUGAAAGCAAACCUAAAGAUCCAUAUAAUCAAACUGUUGAUGAAAACAAUAGUAUUUAUUCGUCUUUUAGAAACACAGCAAGGUCAGGGACUAUUGCUGAAAGUAGUGUAUAUGAAAAUACAAAUAAUAUAAAGAAUGACUCAGUAAUAGAAAAUACACCAAGACAUAACAAUGGAAAUCGAAAAGAUGUUUCUAAAUCUUAAUUCAAUACUUUGAAAAAAGGUAUUUCAAUUAAUAAUAGUCAAAAAAAUAAAACAGCUUCGAAAUUUGCUUAAAAAGGUUUGGGAUUUCCAAAGAAAAUGAAAAGCGUUUCUGAAAUCGAAAACUAUUAGUAAGCCUAAAAGCUCAAAGAAAUAAUGGUUUAAUAACCUGAUUCUGUAAAUUCUUAUUCUUAAAAGGAAAGCCAAACAGGGUUAAAAAAGCGAUAUAUAAAUACAAUUUUGAGCCAAAAAAUGCCAUCAUUUUUAAUAAAAUCAACAAUAUUAACUCUAUUUGCUGCUGCUUCAUCUGUUAUAACUUCUUUAGUUGUGUACUAGUUUAGUUAAUCAUAAAGCUAGCUUUUAUUAACUAACUUUGGGAAUACUUUUAGAGAACCUUUAGCAGUGGUUGAUGUUUCGAAUGCGAUUAGAAUUAAUGAAUUAUACUUACUUUACACAAUUAAAAAUUAAAUAAAUCUAGCUUAUCCUUUGUAAUAAGAAAGAAACAAUUAGCAGAGAAAUUUUGCUUUUUAGUUAGUUAACACUUUAUACCAAUAUUUAGUUAGCGUUUAUAGAGAUAAUAAUGACGAACAGGCAAAAAAGUUUUAUUUAUAUUCAGAUGCAGAAUUAUAUUAAUACUUAAAUGGUAGUUAAAUUCAAAGAUAAACAAAAUAAUUAAUUUUUUUUGAUUAUAUUAUGAAAAAUGCAUGGAUGGAUACUUAAAUGUUAGGGUUUAAUAAUGAUCCAAGAUUAGACGCGUUAUCAAAUUAUUAUAAUUUUUUUAAUUCUUAGCUAAAUGGUACAGAUAUUAACUAGAUAGAGUGCUAAUCUAUUUUAGACAACAAUCAAAACACUAUGCAAAUCAACAUAAUUUUGCAAAUAAUUUUAAAUUACUCAUGUGCUAUUUUAAUAUUUCCUUUGUACUAUUUCUCUUAGUUGAAAAGAGAAAAUUAUCUUAAAUUAUUCACAAGCUUUAAUGGAGAUAAGAUUGUAAAACUGUUUGAAUUGUAUGAGGAAGCAGACAUGGUUUUUGAAACUAAUGAUGUAUUGUAAUUUAUUGGAAGCACAAACUAACAAAGUAUAUCAUAAUAUAUUUAAUAGCCUGUGGUUUUAGCUAACAAAAAGAAAAGAUCUUCAAAUAUUGAAGCUCUUCCUAAAAUAAAUUGCUCAAUAGUAUUACUAGUGAUUAUUAUAAUUAUCAUUAUAUCAAUUUAUCCUAUUUUGAGCUACACUCUAGUUGUUCAGUAAGCUGUUUAAUUUUAAAAUAACCUGUAUGAAUUAGUACUUUUCUGUAGGAGUGCCCUAUAAAUAGCAUAAUCCUACACAACGAUGUAUGUCCAAAUAAACUAAAUUUCUCAUCCUACUAUAUACACAGAAGCUAAUAGUUUUAUUUAAUUGCAAAUCUAAUUAAAUAUUCAAGAUAUUUUAACAAGAAAUCAAUAGGUACUUGAUGAUUUGGUGAACAUCUAGAAUUCUACUUAAAGUAGUAGCAGAUAUAACUGGAACCAAUAUUCAAAUAUUAUAAUAAAUCCUAUUUAAAAUGAUAUUUGCCAAGCCAUUUAGAGCAAUUUACCAGUUUUUAGCACAGCCAACGUCACUAACAACUUUGAUUUGAAUAAAUGCCAAACAACCUAUAAUGGCAUAAUGCAAAGUGGUGCACUAAUAACUUUAAAAACUAUUUUUACAAUAUUUUAAGAGUUCAUAAAUAUUUCAUAAAAUACUAAUAACCAAAAUUUUCAAACAAAAUUGUAAAGCUGGGAUGAAGGAGUUAAUUUACAAGAAAUGGAUAAACUUUUUGAUUAGAUAGAAUAGUGGUUUUAUAUUACUAUUCAAUAUCAAAUGUAUAAUGGUAAUUAAUUUUACUCAUACUUACAAUCUAUCUAGCUUUAUCUCUUUUAUUAUCAACUUUUGAUAACAAUAUUAAUAUUUGGUUUCGGCCUAUCCUAUUUCUCAAGAUUUCUAUCAAAAUCUGUAAACAAAACAAAAUUUCUAAUAAGCAUAAUCCAUAUUGAAGCUCUCAUUGAAAAUCCUUAUGUAGUUUCUUUCUUUAGAAAACAAUCAGAUUUCUAAGAUAUUUGA